UAGCCCCUGCCUCAGUUGACCUGAUGGUUGUAGCCAACCUUCUCCUUGACCCAGUAGAUGUCUAUGUACUGCCACAUACUGCUGUUCAGUACACUGUCUCCCAACUGAAGCAGGGUCAUCUGUCUACCAUUGAUGUCCGAGGAUCACAGUAUUACUUGCAAGUGGAAAACAAUGAAGUUGCUGAGUUGAAUGAUGACAGUAUUAGCAUUACUGCACUGAGUUUGGGCACUACACAGGUCAUUCUCAAGGAUAAGAAUGUAGCAUCUUCAGAACUCGUGAAGCAGCCAACUGCCACAGUUCAUGUGGUUGACCCAUCAUACCUUACUAUAUCCAUAGCUCCUCACUACAACCCUGCACUUGUUCGAGGGAGACACUAUGCUUUUAUUGUCAAUGUUUAUGACAAGCAUAACAACAAGAUCUUCUUGGCUGAUAAUAUUGUGAUUGAGACGACAAUAUCUCCAGAUUAUUUCACAGUAGAGUAUGUGUCCAAGAAUGGCUCCUAUGUAUAUGGUGUCCCAAUCAAGACUGGAAAAACUGAAGUUCAGGCUACACUCUCAGCAGUGGAGGUUGGCAGCAGCAUACUGGAGAUAACGCCACCACUUAAAACAAGUGAAGAUUUGGAGAUAUUUGACCCUUUGUCUGUUAUUCCCCCUCGCACAGUCUUGCCAUGGGACCCAGUGACUAAACCAAUGUAUAGUGUCAAUCUUACUGCUGUUGGUGGUUCUGGAUCACUGUCAUGGAGCAGCAGCAAUGGAGAUAUUGUUGGAGUUUCUCAGACUGGGGUUUGUAAGACCAAAGCCCAGGGUUCAGUCACUGUCACAGCUGUUAUGAUGCUUAACACACACAACAAGGACUCUGCUGAGAUCCACAUUGUUGAAGCCUUGGGUUUAAGUCUUCUUGAAGGUGUGGUUGAAGUGGAAGUAGACACUCCACUUCCUCUCCAUGUCGCUUCAUUCACCCAGUGGGACAAUACCCAAGUCCCAUUCACAGUCUGUCAUCAGUUGCCAUUCAAGGUGGAACCUUCAGAAGUUUCAUUUGCUGCUCUGCCUGAUGUGAAAACUCCCAGUGUCAACAAUUCUUGUGCUGUUGUAGAAGUUGUUGGUAAAACUCCAGGCUUUUCCAAAGUAAAGGUCUCAUAUGAAAGUUCCAAGGGGGAACUGGCAGCUUCAGCAGAUGUUGCAGCCUUUAGGCCUCUUCGUCCAACUAAUCCAGCUUCAGGGGAGACUGUUCUGGCAUUAGGAUCCUCAAGGGUUGUGGUGUUUCAAGGAGGGCCACUUCCUUGGAUUGGCAAGCCAACCAGUCAUUUUGCUCAAGUUGAAAUUGAUGAUGCAGAAAAGGUUGAAGUAAAACUACUGGAAGGACUCAAGAAACAGGCAGACUUGCAUGCAGUCAGAGUGCACUGUCAUAGUCUUGGAGAAUUUACUGUUACACUCACAGUGGGCAACAAGCCCUCACCAACACUUCGACAUCCUCGCACCGUUGAUUCCUCCUUAAAGGUUAUUUGUGCCUUGCCAGAUUCCAUCAGCUUACAGGCAGUUAGCAAGAGACCUGUGGGUGCACAAGGACAGUGUCCUGUGUUUGCAGAGAUUGGAAUUGCACUUGCACAUUGCUACAAACCUCUGCAGCUGGAAGUAAUAGUUACUGAUUCUGAAAAUCGCAAGUUCGACAAUGUUUCAUCUCUCGCCUUGAAAUGGGAAUUGUCUGAUGAUAGCUUAGCUUCUACUCCUGCAGAACCAUCAAGUCUUACACAGGUUACAAAUUUACAUGGAUACAACCUCCCCAUGUUUUCUUACCAAACCCUGGAACCAACUGGGCAGGUUGGAGAGGUGGUUGUUAGUGUGAAGUUAAAUGGUUAUAAUAAGUUUGUGUCACAGACAUCUAGACAACAUCCUGUUCCAUCCCUUUCUGCUUCUCUACCUGUGAAGCUGGUUCAAGAUGCUGUGUUGAAUCCAUCGCAUGCUGUAUUGUACCAGCAUAAGGACAAUAUGCUGGAAUUGUCUCUGUCUGGAGGUUCUGGAUUCUUUGAGCUCCAAGCUCCUGAGAAUGAAAUUGUCUCCUUGGUCUACUUAGAGAAUGAAAUGAAAGUUAAUGUUCGUCCUCUGUCUGAUGGGGAUGUAACAGUCAGUCUCAUUGAUGUAUGCUUAGAAGCUGAGACACCAGUUAGUUCAACAAUUAAGGUGGCUAGCAUUGUAUCCCUUGACUUGGUGAUGGUUGACCGUGUGGAACUUGGAGGAACAUUGGAGGCUGAGGUCAUAGCAAGGGAUGCAAGUGGAAACUCUCUGCCUGCACACUUUCUCAUGGACUUGACCCUAAAUCCUCAAGCUAAUAUUAUUACAACCAAAUAUUUAGGCACCAACAAUAAUGACAAUGCCAUAUAUGAAGUAGUUGGUCGGCAUGUAGGUGAUACAACUCUUAGGGCGAGUGCAGGGAAUGGUCCCAUGGGAGAUAGUGUAAUUCAUAGUCAGUCCAAGCCUGUGCAAGUCUUCCCUCCCCUCACUCUACAGCCCAAGAAUAUCACACUCAUUAUUGGUGCUAAUUAUCAAGUUGAAACAAAAGGUGGACCAUAUCCUGAUGCCACAGUUGUGUAUUCCAUGUUGAAUGAGACAAUUGCCAACACAUCACACACAGGUGUUAUCACAGCUCUGUCCCUCGGCACUACAAUCCUUACCGCUCAGGCUAUUAGCAUCAACAAAGAUAAUGGAGGGACUGUUGUUUACUCACAGGACACAGUGAUAGUAAAUGUUGUGCCUCUGACAAGUAUACACAUUCAUGCCCCGUUAACACAUCUGGAGACAGGGACAACCAUGCCUCUCUAUGCCAUUGGAAAUGAAGAGGACCAGAACCCUCUAGCAUAUGCAACAGCACUACCACCUUUGUUGUUUGAGUGGACAGUCAGCAACAAGCAAGUUGCCACCUUUAAUGGAAUAUUUAAGGAGAAUGGAAUAAUAGAAUCCAAGGAGAAUAAUGGUAUCGUUCAGCUAAGUGCAGAGCAAGCUGGCCGUGUGACAGUUACACUGAAAGUUAAACCAGUUAUUCCAUCUAGCUUCCCCAACUUCCAGCUGACAGAUAAUGCUCUCCUUACAGAUAAAUUAGAGGUUAAGGUGUUUGAGUCCCUUAAACUCAAGCAUCCUGAUGAUGGAUCCUCAAAUUUGUUACUAUCACCUGAAGCAGAGACCAAAAUCAAGACCAAUAGAGAUGGUAAUGGAAAAUUGUCAUAUGCAGUAGAAGGAUGUAAAAGAGAUUCAGCAAAAGCAGCAGAUGUAAUUACUGUAAGCCCCAAUGGUGUUGUUAAUUCUGGCAGCACAACUGGUCAGGCUACAGUGAUUGUUACAGUUGAGGAGAACUUUGGAGUCACACAAAGUAUUUCCAUAUUAGUUGAGGUGAAGAAAAUGACUUACCUGCAAGCAGGUGUAGAGGUGUUUAUGAGCACUUUGCCUGGAGAAUCCCUCAGUGUAGUCCCAGUUGGUGUGACUAUGAUGCUUCAUCUGACAUACCAUGACAACCGUGGGCGUAUUUUUCAUGCCACAAAUGCCCACCCUACUUUUAGACCAUCAAGAUUUGAUCUCGUAGAUGUGAAACGUGGGGGAACAAAUAAUACCCUACAGGUGACUGUGAGAGGAACAGGCCAAACAGUUCUUCAUAUCUGGAAUGAGAAUGAUGCUCUUGUUAGUGGUUUCCUUCGCAUUAACACUGGGCCUGGCAUAUUUCCUCAUAAGACUGUGAUACCUCUUGGUGGACACAUUUGCUUGUCCUCAAGCAUAAGGAGUCCAGAUGGAGAGGCAGACUCACCAAGGGAAUGGUCAUCAGCUGGGGAUAUUCUGCAGCUGGACACUGACAGUGGCAUUGCUUUUGGACAGCAGAUUGGACGCUCUGUCGUGUCUUACAAAGUCAGCUCUUCUCUCACAGCUGCUACAGAAAUCAGUGUCACUCCAAUUACUAAGAUUUCCUUGAGCAUUCCAACCCAGGCCAUAACAACAGGGGAAGAGAGUGAGCCAUAUCUUGCAAUGGUGACCCUGGGAGGAGAAGGAAGUGCAUCAGGGGAGUCUCAGUGUAAGCCUGCAGAGGGACUCCUUGUCAGCCCACCUUUCACAUGCAUUGUAGCCUUCUCUCCGCCCAUUCCUCAGGUUGAUGCAAAGGAAGUUCUGAAAGCUAGUGCAGUCUAUAUGGCCAAGAGAGGAUAUGCUUGUGAAAUUAGCUCUGUGAGCAGCCCUUCUUCACUUCUGGCUAAAGGACAGGCUUCAGUUAUACUGGAAGCUGUAGUGGUCAGUCGAGGGCAGCAAAGUGAAGUGAGGUCAGGCCAGGUAACAAUACCAUUCUACCCAGCACCAUUUGCAGAAAUCUCAGAAGUUACACUUACCAAUGAAGUACCGUCUACAUCUAUUGAGAUUCAGGGAACAUUUGAGGUUCUUAGUACUCUAGAAAUCACAAGUGAUGUCAGCCAAUUAGAUUUGUCUCUAGGUACAGCAGAGAGUAACAAACGACCUCUGGUGCUAAGCCUAAGAGACUCAGUGUGGUCUGAGGUACCUGAAGAACCUCUCACAGUUGCAAUUUCCUCACCAUACACCAGGAGUAAAAUUGAGGUUUCAGUGAAGGUAGAACAGGUUGGGGAUGGUUACUGCGCAUCACCAAGAGACCUAGGCAUCAUCAACCUGUUGGUGACGUUCCUAACUACAUACGACAGGCUCCUCAUCAGCAUUGCCUGUCUGGUUCUUACAAUUGCCUGCAUAGUCAUAAGUUAUCAUGCCUUGUUUGGUCCUGGGUAUAAACAGACUCAGCAAACAGGUGUGUUUGCAAAUUCACCUAUGCCAGGACCUGCUAUGACAGCAUUUUCUCCAAAUCGCCCUUCGCCUUCGGGGAGUGGAAGCAGUGGAGCGAGUGGAGGCAUGGACUCCUUAGCAAAGCGGUUGGAUUACUCCCCUUCACCACAGAGGAUUACUUUGUGGAGUGUGAACAACGAGCCAAUAUAUGGAGCUCCUCCUUUCAGACGAGGGGCUUAUGAGGAUUCUCCGACUUACAGAUCUUCACCAAAGUGAUCCUGUGAUGAUUAGAUCAAUUUGUUCUUAGUGGCUAAACAAUUUUUUUUUUUUUCUGUCUUUUAGAUUGAUGGAUUUGUUUUUCUCUGUUGAGUUUGAGUGUUUUAAGAGCUGUACUUAAACAAAUAAGAUAGCAGAUAGAUAUAUGCCUUUCUAGUUAGCAUUCAAGAUGAACUUUUGAAAGUGAGUGUAUUAAUGCUGUGAGCAGUAACAAUAGAGUUUAGAAAAGUAAUUUCCUUAAAAAACAGUUUACUGUAUAAAGCUUAAGGUUUAUGUGUACUUGUAUUUCCUAUUUUUUUAAUGUGUACAGUUAC